AUUUUUGAGAUAAGGAUAAGGGCAGAUAAGUAAAUAAUCAGAAAAUGGACAAUAAACCGUCAUUAAGCCAGUAUUUUGGCGAGACGGAAGCACCGCCCGCCUCCCAGUUCUUCGACGAAAUCGGGACAUCGCCCUCUGAUAUGAUACAGAGCGUUUACCUGGGCGAAAGUGAAGUGAGUCAACCAGCAGCAUCUAAUCUGUUUCCCACAAAUAUGACCGCGUCUUUCUCUCAGUUGAAAGUGAGCGAUGAAAUGAAGUUCGGAAGUGUAGUGCCGACUGUGAGCGGUACUACAGCCCUGCCCGCGACUAGUCUGCCGGACCCUUCGACGUUCUUCGACACGAUUGGGCCGGAGCCUCAAAUGGCGAUGAGUGGAAUUGCUACUCCCAAUAUAUUGAGUGAGGCUAUGGACGGUCUUGCUGUCAAGGACCAACCUGUAGACAAGGAGGCUGACCGGCGCCGAGAUGCCUGGAUACCUAAUGACGAAACUAAAAAGGUCUUACUUAAGGCUCAGUCGGUGCCGAAAGGAGCAUUCUUCCCUGAGAGGGAAGCCCUCACGCUGCCCGGAGUCAUAUUUGAGGAAGAAUUGCCUGACUCCCUCCACGCGGUGGCGGUGAAGUAUCUCGGCGUGGGCGCGGCGGGGCGCGGGGGCAUGUCCCGCGGGGGCGCGGGCGAGGCGGCGCUGCGCGAGCUGCUGCGCACCGGCUGCCUCCGGGCCGCCAUCAACCUGUCCGCCACCUUACUGGCGCAGCAUAAACAAGGCGCGGGUCGCUGUGGGCGUCUCCCCGGUGCGCGUCACUCGGCGCGCUCGCUCCAACUGUGGCUGGCGCGCUUCUGCGCCAUGCUGCGCGUGCGGCUCGCCGCGCAGGCCGCACAGGAAGCAGAAGCUUUUGGUGAUUGUGGACAACCUGACAUGUACUACGAAUUCUACCCGGACCAGUACGAGAACCGAACGGGCUCGUUGGUGCCGUUCGCACUGCGACUGCUCAUCGCGGAGAUGCCGGCGCACGCAGGACAACCGGAAAAAGCCUUGCCUAGUCUUUAUGCGGUCCUGGCGGUGGUGCAACAGAUGUUGGUGAACCUGAACGCCGGUAAAACGGAGGACGGCACGGCCAUCCUGACGUCGGAGCAGGACCGCGCCGAGUCCAUUCGCUUGUGGAGCGGCAGGGAAACGCGCGUGCAACAUUCUAUAGUCAACUGCGCUAUUGCUUUGAAGGAUUAUCGUCUCGCCAGUAAGAUAAUCUCCGGCCUUCAAGAGCGAGCGUCGAGUCCGGCGCAGCGCCGAGCGCUGGCGAGCGCUUUAUGUCGUUUGUGGCUGCUCGCCGGACACUGCCGCGCAGCCGCCACACACUUACAAGAGGCUAGAGACCUGAGGCAGCAUCUAUGUCCAACCCCCGAUGUGCGAGAGUACGUGGAUUUAGGCCUCCUCGAGGUCGCCCAGGGACGAUACAAGGAGGCCUAUGAAAACUUCAUCAAAGCCAACGACCAGGAACCCACUAAUAUCAUGGUGGCGAACAACCUCUCGGUCUGCCUCCUCUACAUGGGUCGCCUCAAGGAAGCGAUCUCAGUCCUUCAGAACGCGAUCAACUCCGCCCCAGAACGCGGUCUCAGCGAACAUCUGCUCCUCAACCUUUGCACCCUGUAUGAGCUGGAAUCUUCCAAAAAUAUGGACAAAAAACUCAAUUUACUCAGAAUGCUGUGCAAAUAUAAGAGUGAUACUAUUCCCAAUGUUAUGGAGUGCUUGAAACUUAGUUAAUUCAUGCCUAUACGUCGUGGUAAAAAACGUCAUUAAUAUUAUUAUGAAUAUGCCUAUUGAAUCGCAAGCUAGCAGUGUAGGUAUAUAUAGCUAGCAAUAUAUC